AUGUUGAACGUCCGCCAGCCUCUGGAUCGGAGACGAUCGUCUGUCUCGGCCGCCGGCACUGGUUCCCGGCCGGCGAUGCGAUCCAAGUUCUCCGUCUCGUACGAAGCCCUGCUGGCAGGGGAGCACCCCUGGCAGCAGCAGCAGCAGCAGCAGCAGCAGCAGCAGCAACAGCAGCAGCAGCGCUCUCUGCAGUCGUCCCCACAGCAGCACCACGAGCGACAUGGAGGGUUUUCCUCUCCGCCAACAUCAAAGGCCUCUUCGUCCGGGAAGAAGCCAUCGGCGCCCCGAGCGCGCUUCUACGCGGACCUCUUGUGCCUCGCGGUCGAGCCAUCUACGCUCUCGCAACUCGUCGCAGACGUGCCGGCGGCGAGCCUUGUCGACGAGGAUGAAGCGAGCAAGGGAGCCAGAAUAAGGGACAACGUGGGCAGUCUCUGGAGAGAGUGCCUCAAGCUUUGGAGAGACGUGCCUGCGGGGUCCGACGAGGUACGGCGCAACAAUGCUAUUGAAACGCUCGUCCAUCUCUCGAAACCCAUCUUGGCAAAGCAAUUUCCACACGCCAGCACCAGUCUCGACCUCAUCUCGAUCUUUGCAGGCAGCAUUGACGAGGCUGACGAGGUCUUUGAGACCCUCGUGGCAUGCAUCGACGAGGGCCUUCGAGGCGAGCUCGACGAUCCCAGUCUCUCGGCUCGCCAGAACAGGCCGGCCUCUCGCAUUCCGUCCUCGCCUUCCAAUGACCUCACCUCGUCGCUCCAGAGGCAACAGGCCCAUGCGCAAAUGAUGCCACCCAGCCUGGCAGAGAUUUUCAACCAUCGACUCAAGGCCACGAGACUCGCCGUCGUUUGGAUCAGUCAUGUCUCCUCGACAAACCUGGCCGCCUACUUUGUCCGAAGGGACCUCUUUGUUGCCGCCGGCACAUCACUCAGCCUCGACCUGCUUCGCGAGGUGGUGCGAGAGACGACACUGCUCUUUGGCCUUCUCGCUGGACUCGGCCAGGGUGCCUCGUCCUCUUCCGGCAUUGGCGCUCGAGGCGGUGGUGGGGGCUUCGGGGGAUACGAUGCAACAGGUUCAGCCUCCAACAGUCCGUACUUUCGCAGGCUCUGUGAUUGGGUCGACAGCGGUUCUAUGGCUCUCGUCCGUGAUGUCGCCGCAGCUGAUCUCGAGGCCAGUUGGAAAGCGUACGAGCAGGCCUCUUCUGCUCCGCAGACCGGUCCAACGGCGGCUGGUUAUGCCAUUGGAGGACUGGCAGAGGGAGUUAAGCGCUUGGGACUCAGCUCGGCGAGCCCGGCGAACAGCGAAGCAUCGACCCUUCUCUCCACCGUCCACCUGCCUCCGCCAGUCGCCUCGACGCUUCUUCCGAUCUUCCUCCUGACAAGGGCGAACGAAGCAUUUGUCGAUAUCGCUCUUCGCAAAGGCUCUUCUGCCGAUGCUUCCGAGGCCGAUACACCUUCGAUCUUGGCACCGCAAGAUCAGACAUUCGCGACUGCCCUCCUCUCGCUGGGCAGCUAUCUGGCCACCCAUGCUUCCGCCUCCAAUCGGUCAAGGUCGUAUGCCAGACUGUCACUUCUCGCUCAGCUCGGCCUAUUGAGCACUAGUCCAGGCAUCGAUGCGUUGAUUCUGUCCGAGAGGCAGGAGGAAGUAGCCAAAGUCAAGCUCUGCAGCCAGAGGGCAGGGCCGCGACCGAUCAAGAGCCCCACCAGGACGAGACUGGUGACCAACAUUCUCGAUUCCAUCUGCCAGUUCCUGCGCUUCAAUCUGCGAAAGCGACUCGACGUGCCUGCCUACCUCAUUGCUCUCCAGAUUCUCAAUCUCGUCCUCGAGGCAUGUUCGUCCUCUCAGCAGCAACGUAGACGCAUUCGGCUCGAGUACGUUGGCUGGACCGACCUCUGGCGGACUCUGACGAGCGUCGCCUCGUUUCUCGCGGGGAGGCAUGCCGAGCUCAAGGGUGUCGAGACGGGCCAGCUGGGCCAGGCUCUCAUUUCGACCUUGAGCCUGGCUGUGUUGGAGUCAGACCGCUUUCUGCCGUCGAGCCACGACGUCAACCUGUUGCUGUACGAAGUCGUCAGGAGCGGUGAUGCACUCAGAAGGCUUGCUCUUGUCCUCUCGACGGCAGGGACAUCAUCAAACGGGCUAUCAAACUCCUCGGGCGCGGCGAGCCGGGGCGGUCAAGAAGUGAUGCCAGGCUGGAGGCUGCUGGAAGCCGUCUUGAUCUCCUUUGACGAGAAGCUGGCCGAAUGGAGCGAAGCAAAGAGGAGCAACAGAAAGCAAGCCAUGCCCGACGUCAACACUGUGAUGCACCUCAUUGCGACACUCGACAUGGAGAGGCUCACGACAAUGCACUCUGCUCCUCCUUCCUCUGGCCCUUCUCCCUCUGGCGGCGCGGCAACGCCUUGGGCGUCCUCGGCGUCGUAUGGCGGUCAGCAUCGGACAAAUCACGCAAGGCAGGUUCACAACGAAUGGCUCGAAAGAGCAGAGGCGCAAUGCCUUUCCGAGGCGCUCAGGUUCGCGGCGGAAGAUAUGCGCGCCGUCGUCGUGUCUCCCAUAGCUUCUGCAAACGCAGCAACAUCCCCUUGA